GCCGCCAGUAGCUUCUCGGCCUCCUUACCACACACCCCUCACCAGUCAGCGCUCCGCCAUGCUCCGACAGUGACCGAGACUAGAUAUAUAGUGACAUAGAUUACUUGUGAUUAUUAUAUAGUGCCUGGGAAAGACGUCUUGUGUAUAGUAUAGUGAACAAUUGUACUUCGCUAAUUAAACCCUCCAGCUUCUGACGCCUUAAGUAUAAGUGAUGUGUGCUGAUGCUGCCAUAGAGGGGCACUAAGAAGGGAGAUUAACAGCCGUGCAGCUUAUCAUUGAGCCCCAACAUGACCUCUACACUGACGACUCUACUGAUGGUGGUGAUGGUGGUCAUGGUGGCAGCAGAGGAGAUGCCAACUGAAGAGGAGGAGGACGUGGCACCUUAUGACACGCCCGUGGCAGAAGAGAGAGUGUCACAUGACCACAAUAACCAUAAUGAGACAUUAUCCCCAGCUGAGGAACUGUUAAGAGCAGCAGAGGCGGCAGGUUAUGACUUGACUCUCCAACGCCUCGAUAUAGCCGCCGCUGCGACAGAUCUGGAGGUGGAGGAGAUGAUGCCAGCGCCGGUCGCCGAAGCUUUCAUUGCUCAUCGCCGCAUGGACAAUUUUGACAGGAUACGCGAACAAAUGAUUGGAAUGAUUUUUACUGGGAAACCUCAGCCGCUAGGCUUCAGACCUCGCCGACCAGCCAUGUCCCGCUCUCCUCCUCCUCCCCACAACUUCAGGAGUAACCAGCCGGGGAGGUUCCAUGCGCAAUACAACCCCCAAGGUGAGCCCAGCAUCCACGACAUCAGAAAGGUGCCAGCACCAGACAAAAUCCUGAAGCCGUUGCCAUUCGCACCAGGCCCGACUAUGGUCAAGUUCCCACACCCUCCGCCCCGUCAUCACCCACCCACCGCCCCGUCGCGACAGUCAACAGGACCUGUACCAGAUUUCAGUAACACCGUCGGUCCAGAUUUUGGUCCAGUUACCAUUAAUGACUUCAAUGGUAACUUUGGAUUUGACAACUUUAAAAACAACUUUGGCGACUUCAACUCCGCUAACUCACCACCAAUUAGACCUCCACCUCCUGCCCACCGCCCACCACCACCAGCUCCACAUCGACCUUCCCCGCCUCGGCCAGCACCCCGCCCUUCUCAAGCUAGGCCUGCCCCUCGGCCAGAGCCAACCCGGCAUAGACCUCGUCCUAGACCAAGCCACAGCCGACCAGGAGGUUUCGGCAAUAUCGGGUUUGGUGGGUUUAGUGGAGGUGAUGAAAGUUGUGUGAAGUAUACUGAUGACAUCUGCCUUGACACUGAGAGCUACCCACAUGAAGCGAUCCUGUCAUCACUGGUACGUGACCCCUCCCGCGCUGACAACAUGAUGGCUGAGGUCAGGUCACAAAGCGCAGAUGAAUUGAUAGACGGCGUGACCUCAUCCCAGGAGGCAAAGUACAACUACCAGCACUACUUUGGCAACAGACGCGCUGAUACGGUCAGUCAUGCCCACCGAGAUUUUGCUCAGGAUGGAGGGUUCUUGUGUCCAGCUGAAGUGAAAUAUGCCCGACCAAAAAGAGCAAGGAAUUCAAAGGGUGCUUGGAAGUUCAUUGUUAAUAUGGACAAAUAUUCACAGACUAUUAGAAUGGAGAAAUGCAUGAAACCCGGAGGAGCCUGUAGCUACGUAUCCCACCACUACCGUGCCACCUGUAACCAAAUCUACAAUUACCACCGCCUGUUGUCCUGGGAAGAGGGCCGCGGUCUACACAUGGAUAUCUUCAAGGUGCCCAGCUGUUGUUCGUGUCACAUACAAGGAUAUGCUUACGUGUUCCCGCCACUCAACAAGCACCAGAACUUAGCCGGGUCAGAACAGGUCAUUCAUACAGUACCAGCACCUUCGAGUGACCCAGAGGAGCAAGAGGGACGUGACACACAAGGCUUCACCCCUGUCAACAGACACCCCGGCGGCCAGCGCUCACCGCCACGAUCACAAUUACCUGCUAGAUCAGGUCCCCAUCCAGGCCAUGACUUGCACAGCAGGAUGCAGGAAGUGGAACAGUCCCACCAACAGGAGCCACCACAACACCCUACCCAGAGACUUACACCAAAUCCUUCACGUGAGACAGCUCGUGCUAGGAAUGGUGACGACAGAGUCAACUAUGGCUACCAUCCUAUCAUUGACUUUUUCACCCCAUACAGGAUUCAGUAGUAGAUGUGUGGUGAUGUUAAGUGUGCAUGUGUUUGUGGUGGUGUUAAGUGUGUGUAUGUUUGUGGUGGUGUUAAGUGUGUAUGUAUGUUUGUGUUGAGUGCAUGUGUGUUUGUGGUGGUGUGUGCAAGUAUGUUCAUUACCUAGAGCAGUGAUUCUUGGGCAAGGGCCGUCAUGUUGGGCCAUCAUGUUUUUACCUUAUUUCCUGCCCUUCACUUUCUAGUAAUGUUAUGACCUCGCCCUACCCUACCCACCCUGCCCGGCCUUGCCCUAUACUACCUUGUGUUUUCGUUUUAAAUUAUUAUAUUAUUUGUGUGAUAAUAAACAUCGUUACCAAA